AUGGGAUUCCGUGCACAUCCUUUAGUUUCCGCUUACAUCCUGCCGUCGGAAUAUCCAGGAUUCCGACAGCAGGAUCCAGAUAUUUCCGACACCUGGACCUGUUGGAUCCGACAUAAUCCGACUGUCGGAAUGCGUCGGACUCAACAGUGUAUUGCAUCAUCAACAAGACGAGAUAGUGUUGAAAAGAAUCGUCCAUGUUUCAGUUGUCUUUCAUGUAUCUAUUUUUCGUCAUUGUAA